AUGAUGAAGAUGUAUUGGGUGGUUACAUGGUUCAUGAAGCUCUGUAUGUUGUGCAUGCUUCUGAUGACCUUGGAUACAACCGAAGCUCAAAAACAGCUGAAAGUGGGGUUCUACCAAACCACGUGUCCAGCGGCUGAGCAGAUAGUGCGAGACACGGUGAAUAAGUCAGUCACCACCAACCCUGGAAUGGCUGCAGGAAUCCUUCGUCUCUACUUCCAUGACUGCUUUGUCAGGGUACGACUCGAGAUAAUAGAUCAGGCUAAAGCACAGAUAGAAGCUGCAUGCCCUAACACUGUCUCAUGUGCUGACAUCUUGGCUUUCGCUGCUCGAGAUAGCACCACCAUUGUUGGUGGUUUCUCUUAUGCUAUUCCAUCAGGAAGACGGGAUGGAACAAUUUCGAACAUAGAUGAAGUAGACCUUCCGUCACCUGACUCCGACCUAAACACCCUCCAGAACACGUUUGUGGCUAAAGGUUUGAGUGUUGGAGACAUGGUAGCACUGUCUGGAGCUCACUCUAUAGGAAGAGCAGGGUGUAAUUCUGUUACAUCCCGCUUACACUUCUUUAAUGGAGACCAGACUGAUCCCUCGUUGGAUCCAACAUAUGCAGCAGCCUUGAAAGAGAAAUGCCCAAAGAGUGGAAAAUCGGGGACUACGAAUCUUGAUCCAGUGAGCGCGAAUCGCCUGGAUAAUCAAUAUUACCUUAACGUGAAGCAGCACAAGGUUUUAUUCUCCUCGGAUCAAACUCUUCUUGAUAGUGAAUUGACAGCCACAUUGGUAACUAAAUACUCGAGUAAUUUGACUGCUUGGAGAAACGACUUUGCUGCAGCAAUGAUACGUUUAGGUUCUCUUGACGUAUUGACAGGGAACAAUGGUGAAAUACGUAACAAGUGUGGGGUUAGAAACUAA